AUGAACCAGUGGACUUUCUUCAAUAAGAAGAUCGAGGCCUUCAAGGCACAGUCUAAUGACGGAGGCUGUCCUUCUACUCCUGCCAAAAAGGCGACAUCUGGUCGCAAGCGGGGACCGAAGCCCAAGAACAGCGGAUCAGGCGAAGAACCGACGGCUCAGGUCGUGGCAACCCAUUUACCAGCCACAGCAAGUGCUCACUGGCAACUUCGUGCCAAGGCUAGUACGUUCGGCUGGGUGAUGGUGAAAAGCGGCCCCUCUCAGGGCGCGCUCCCAAUCCCCAAGCUUAUCCGACGCCGCCAUCUGUCUGAGGAGAACUUGAAGCGCAACCUCCUGUACAAGUCAAAACUUAACCGUACAUACGCCUCGGAGGAGAUGAUGCGCGGCCGGCCACUCACUCGCGAGACUGAUGAGCCCCAAGACAAGAGUGGCAAGUCUCGCAAGAGUGAUGCCACCGAGCGAGCUCCUGAAGAAGGUCGUCGUUGCCGCUGA